AUGGAGUUGUGCAAAUGGACCUCCAAUAGUGCAGAGUUGAUUAAGAGACUGCCGGAGGUCCAAUUCAAAGAGACGGUCACAAACGUGACAGCUGAGGGCAAGUCAGCCACGAAAGCCUUAGGGGUGAUCUGGGAUCCCGCGUCGGACAAAUUCAGGUUUGAUCCGGCGCAGGUACUCAGAGAAGCCCGCGAAAUUGGUGACAGACCCACCAAACGGAAGCUUUUCAGCCUGGCACUGAAGAUCUUUGACCCUUUGGGUCUCAUCGCUCCGGUGACGUUGGUGGGGAAACUCAUCAUGCAAAAGGUGUGGUUGGCGGGCUCAGGAUGGGAUGAGCCCAUUCCAAUCGAGGUGAUACCUCAUUGGAAAACAUUCAUUGAUGGAAUAACAGAGCUGAGGAAUACCUGUCAACCCCGAUGGUCGGGAGAUCAUGAAGGGAGACUCCAUCUUUUCUGCGACGCAAGUAACGACGCCUACAGUGUGGUGGCGUACUUGCAGAGAAUCGAUGGGGAAGACCCAGUGAUGCUGUGCAGCAAAACGAGAGUAGCGCCGGACCCUAAGAAAUCAGUCUCGAUCCCGAGGCUGGAGCUUCUGAGUGGGUUACUGGCUGCGAGGCUCGGGAGCUACGUCGAGAAAGCGACGGAAACAGUCAUCAAGAGAAAACUUCUGUGGACCGACUCGGCGAUAGCCUUCUGGUGGAUGAAGGGCGAGGCUGGUCGGUGGAAGCAGUUUGUUUACAAUAGGGUGACAGAGAUAAGACAGACAGUGGAAACUGAAGAAAUCAGGCACUGCCCAGGGUUACAAAACCCGGCGGUCGUAGCAUCCAGAGGAGCUACGGCCGCGCAGUUAAACGCACAAAAGAGUUGGUGGACUGGCCCAUCUUGGAUGGGGAAAGAGAAGGAGUGGCCCCAGUCACCAAGCUCAGCGACCGAGCUCCAAUUACAGGAGGUCUCGGUCGAAGAAAAGACAGUCGAAGUAACGCAAUGCGCGAUAUCAAUCGAAGCAAAGUGGUACGAAAGAUUCAGCUCCAUGCGAGUCAUGGUAAGAGUCUUGGCCACGAUGCUAAGGGCGAUAAGAAAAAUUCAAAGGCCAAGAUAG